AUGCAGCUUCGACGAUUUUUGCUUCUGGGCAUGCUCCUCGGAGCCGAGGCCACUCAACUCGUUGCCCGCCAAAAUUCCAACUCCGACUCUGCUGCCGCUCCCUCAACCGAUUCCUCUCCCGCGAGUACUGCUGCAGCCGAUCCUACGAGCGACGACUCGGCUGCCACUACUGCAGCAGAACCUACUACCGCCGCCCAACCUACCGACGAUUCUAGUACCGCCGACGGAUCUACUUCUGAUGGAUCUUCCGAUGGAGGCUCAACCACAGCUGAGGAUGUCGUAGUUACCAAGACGGUGACUGUCACUGAUGCCGAUGCCAAGACCGUGAGCCGUCAGACUACUGUGAUGAAGACAAUUACAUCCACUGUUAUCGUUACGGCGACUGCGUUCGAUACCAAGACUGUUACUAGCAGCGACGCUGAGACCGCAACGACCACGACCUACGUUACCUCUACGCAGUGGGCCAACGAGAAGCGUGCCCUUGAUUUGGCCCCUCGAACCAUUGGCGGUGUUGAACUCGUUGCCCCUGCUCUGCCUACCUAUACUACUACCACCAGUGCUCCUCCUCACUUCAACGCCCAAAUCGAGGGCGAACACUACGGUCUCCGAGCCUUCCGACGAGGUCUUCACAAGCGUGCCACCUCCACCACCACCGUUACUGUGACUGAGGGCGGUGGCGACUCCGAUACCACUGUCUUCAACACUAUUUCUCGAACCGUUAUUUCCACCGUCAGCAGCCAGACCAAGGUUACCAAGACCAUCACCGAGACCGAGCAAGCAGGUGCUAGUACCACCGUCACUGUCACCAGCACCCUGUUGUCACAUCUACUAGACAGCAGCAACAGCAGUGAUGGAGGCCUCUCUACAGGUGCCAAGGCUGGAAUUGGUGCUGGUGUUGGUGUUGCUGGCCUUGCCGUCAUUGCUGGUCUCAUCUGGUUCUGUCUUCGCAAGCGCCGCAAUGCUAAGAACAAGGCCGAGUACGACGAUGUCUUUGGCGCCUCCGAGGUUCCUGUUGGUGGCCGUGGUGGUGGUGGAGGUGCUGCCGCUGGUACCAGCCCCCACAUGUCCCAGACAACCGCCGCCGCCUCUACUCUGGCUCCCAGCCGCAACACCACCAAGUCUGAGGGCUACCGUGGUACUGCUCUUGGCGAUGGACGCGCCGGUUUCGCCAAGCCCCAGCAGUUCGGCCGCAGCUACAUGCCCGUUAGCCCCGAGACCAACUACUCCCGCACUGCUGGUAGCGACCAGGCCUAUUCAGCUACCACUCCCGAGAACAACUACGCACACCCUGCGGGCGGCUCUCCCAACCACAACGCUGCUGAGAUGUACAGCCCUGCCAACACAGCUGAGCUGGCCAGUGACAGCGCUGCCACCAAGUGGCAUCAAAAUGAUGCUGCUGAGAUCGAUGGCAACCAGGUUUCAAGCGCUCGUGGAACAGCACCCCCUGAGAACGUUUACGAGAUGCCCGCGCAGCCCUACAGGUAA